AUGGCUAAGAAAAUGCAGGACAACGGCGCCAGGACGGCUCUAGAUUGGGGCGAUGAGGUUCCUAAGGUUCUAGCGGAACGGUGGCAAGCAUUUCGGGACGGCUUGCUGGGGAUCGACGGUCUGAGCAUACAGCGGUGGAUUCAAUAUUCUCCAGGAUCCAUAGUAUCAGCUCAGCUUCACGCGUUUUGUGACGGGUCUUCCACAUCCUACGUAGCUACUAAUUAUCUAAGGCUCGAGCACGGAGAUGGAACGUGCUACGCCUCGCUGUUGGCCGCAAAAUCAAAUGUUACCCCUACUAAACCCCUAAACAUACCAAGAACGGAGCUGAGUGGUGCAGUGCUAGCCGUCAAGUUGGUGAAAUGGCUUACAACGGCUAGAUGGCUAAAUGACCUUCCCAUCCAGACCUUUUAUUGGACGGAUGCCACGAUUCUUCUUCAUUGGCUGCACGGGGACGUCAAUAGAUGGAAGACAUUCGUCGCCAACAGGGUCGCCUUCAUUCUGGACCACUCGUCGCCAUCGCAAUGGAGACAUGUAGGUACUAGCGAGAAUCCAGCGGACUGUGCGAUAAUAGGGCUUCCUCCGAGCCAGCUGAAGGACUUUGAUUUGUGGUGGCGAGGCCCGGAGUGGCUUACACGCAAGCAGGGUGACUGGCUUUCGACGGAGAUCGGGCAGGUCGACAUAAACGAUGCCGCGCUGGAGGCAAAGGCGGACAAGGUACGCGUUCACCUUGCAGUUCCGCAACCAUCGUUGGUUAAGAGGUUUUCCAGUUUCAGCCAGGCUGUGAGAGUCACAGCAUUUAUAAUUCGGUUCAAAAGCAAUGCUAUUAGCAAAGGAGAGAGGUGUACCGGUCCCCUAAGCAUUGAGGAGCUCGACUAUGCUUUACUCGCCAUCGUGCGCAUCGUUCAAAGGGAGUCCUUCGCAUCUGAGCUGGCCGCAUUGAGGAAUUCUAAACGGCUGCCCUCCAGAAGCAAACUUCAGAGUUUGUCGCCAAUCGUUGUGGAGGGAAUCUUGCGAGUGAGGGGGCGAUUGCGCCAUUCGGGGCUAUCAUACGAACGUCGGCAUCCAAUAAUCCUCCCAAGUUCUCAUAUUUUUACAGAGCUAGUAAUACGGUAUUCGCAUGCUUUGACUCUGCACGGAGGUACGCAGCUGACCUUAUCCCACGCUCGCCAGCGGUUCUGGAUACUGACAUCGACGGCUCACCUAUGA